AUGACGGCGUUUCCUGUUGCAGAAGCUCGCAAGCCGGAUGGUGGGCCUGGGCGCCGGCGCCUCCCGUCCUGUCGUGCCUUGCAGGGAGCCGAGUACCAGCUGCGCCUCUCCCUUUUCGAUGCCACCUACCACCACUUCUUCGGGAGGACAUGGAGGAGCAGCCGGCGAGCUGCCCGUGCCGCCCCGCAGCACCCGGCCAGGGUGGCUUUCAACGAGACCGUUUACUUCCACACCUCCUUGAGCCACCCCAGCAUCGCUGCUGUCGUGGAAGUGGUGACGACAGCCGGGGAAGGGGAUGGGGGCUCUCAGCACCUCUCCUGCGGCUUUGGACUCAUCCCCCUCUUCGGCAGCGGGUCGGAGGCGACAGACCCGGCCACUGAGGACAAAACGCUGAAGCUGUACCACGGGACACCACGUGCCUUACUGCACCCGCGCUUCCAGGACCCCGUGGAAAAGAACAAAUACCUGACGGUGAUGGAGAAGAGCCACCUGCAGUACGCCCUGAAGCCCCACCAGCCCCUGGAGACGAUAUUUCACCUCCUUCCUGAAAACCUUCUGAUCUCUGGGCUGCAGACCAUUCCUGGCUUGCUGCCGGCGCUUGGAGAUGCGAGUGACUGCUUGCAGAAGCCCCGGCUGAUGAAGCCGGUCACCUGCUAUCUGGAGAGGCUGUCUGUCCGGCUGUACCCUUCCUUGGAGGAAUUUGAGGAGGAACUGCUGGACUUGCUGAACAGCGACCGCUUACUUAAGGUAAUGCUGAUGCAGAUACAGCAGGGAAAGCACCGUGCGAGCCGCAUCCACCUGAGCGAAAUGGUCCCUCACCCGGCAUUUGGGGUCUGCUUCCAGCUGGAGUACGUCUUCUGCACCUCGGGGAUUGCCGACGGGAAGAGACAUCUCAGUUUGUUUCUGCUCCUCUCCUUCGGUUUAAGGGGAGGCUGUGGACGUGCCCGGGGGGAGCACGUGGAGUCUGGGACUGUCCAAUUCCGUGUUUCCAUUGAUUCGGAAGAACAUCUUGUAACUGCUGCAGGGAUCCUACGUAAAGACAGGGACGAGUCGGAGAAGCCUCCUACGCCAUCGCUGAGUCCGCCGGCCCCGCUGCGAAUCGUGGCCUCCCCACGGGGACCGGGGGUAAGUGCCGCACGUGCCAGUGGACCUCACCCCUGUUUCUCCGUCAGCUCCCACACGCUGCUCUCCCGUGCCUCCCUGGCGCGCCUGCAUGCCGCCGGCUUCCCGGAGAUCCUGGACCGCAACCAGGAGCCAGUGGAAAUCUCGGAGCCGGCAGACCCGGCGAGUUUCAGCCCGCGGCUGGAGGAAGCUGACCCUCUGCAAGGCAACGAAAUAAUCCUGCAGUUCCUGGCUUUUGGCAGGGAUGCCCGGGAUGGCAUGGAGGGGACGUGGCCGAGGACCAUCUUCCUCACCUUCCAGUUCUACCGUUUCCCACCGGUUACCACGCCGCGGCUGCAGCUGGUCAGCAAGGACGGGGGGCCGGCGGCCGGGCAGGCUGUGCCAGCACAGCUCCUUGUCCGGGUGAACAAGGACGGGACCCUCAGCACUGGACCGCCGGGCUUGCAGCUGAAGUACAUGGUGGAUCCCACUUUCCUGCGACCCGGGGAGCAGCGCUGGUUCGUGCGGUACCUGGCCGAGCACAGCCUCCAGAUUGACGUCUGGGAUGGAGACUCCCUGCUCCUGGUUGGGUCUGCUGCCGUUAAACUGGAGCCCCUGCUGCGCCAGGGCCAGGCGGCCGUCAGGACCCACCACGAGCUGGAGGUGGCCACGACCGAGUACGAGCCAGAUGUGACGGUGAUGGGCCAUGAGGCGCUGCGGCACGGUGCCCUGCGGCCCCUUGGCGUCCGCGUGGCGGUGAGGGGCCGCCUCCACCUCUGCUUGGCCAACGUCG